UACAGUAGCACGGGAUGCGCCGCACAAAGCGAGUCUGAAAUGCCAGACGGGAGGGACAGGGAGAUUCAGAAGGCACACAGCAUCGUUUCUUGAGGAUUUAUAUAUGUAUAUCUGUUAUUGGAUAUCUAUUUUCCUGGAUCAUUAGGACGUAUUAUAACAGGAGCGGGAUUUUUGUAAAAAAAAUAAAAAUAAAAAAAUGCAUAAUAUUAUAUCGGCGCACGCAAACUCUAUACAGACCAUUGGGAUUUAUUAUUAACUAAUUAUAAUGAAUGCGACCUUCUUUAAGGCAGAAUACUGUUUCUGAACAUCUCAAGGAGCCUUUCUUGUGUCCCCUUUUCAUCUGCUUUUAAAACUUCAUCUAUUUAAUGUUGUCUGGGGGAUUUUAUCUUCUCAUGAAACCAUGACAGGAACGACGAUCGCACUGUUUUUUGAAAAUCUACUUAGUAAAUUGUCCCUGUUUGGAUUUAAGAUGUUGGAUUCGUUGUGAAAGUUGGGAAUAGUCAUUAAAUAACUGUAAGGACUGGACGUUGGACCGGUUAUAUCAUAUAAUUAUUUCUGACUUUUCUUGGUCAACUCAAACAAUGGGGAUCAAGCUACGAGUUAUUCUGGGAAUGUUUCAGUUCGUGUCACUUACUGGAAUGCCCACAUACUGUGCCAAGACACCGUCAGAGCACUGGAAGCUGACAGAGAGCCACAGAUCUGGAGAAGUGGUGAGGUGGUUGGAUGUGUAUCAAAGAAGUGGGUGUCAUCCCAGAGAGACGCUGGUGGAAGUUUGGCGGGAGUUUCCAUGGGAGACACACCACCUCUUCCUGCCGUCAUGUGUAACACUGCACCGCUGUGGAGGCUGCUGCUCUGACGAAGCGCUGGAGUGUGUGCCAUCACAGACACACACACUCAUCAUGGAGCUCAUGAGGACAUCGUAUAUGAAGCAUGAACUUGUAAAGCUGCCUUUCACAGAACACAACCAGUGUGAGUGCAGGCUAAAAGCAAAUCUUCGUGCAGAACCAACCAGGCAAGGUCCGCCCACAACAAGAAGAGGCAGAAAGCGGCAAAAGGGGAAACCAAAGCGAAAGAAACACAUGGGAAAAAAACUGAUGACACCUGUGCCAACUACACCCCCUCCUCCACCCCCUCCCACCCAUCCACCAAGCUCCGCCCCUCCACCACCUGCCAGAGAGGUGUGUCCGCCGUGCCCCGCCCGCAGGAUGACAUCACUGCCUCCCUCCUGUGAGUGCAGGUGCAGUUUGAGGGAGGUGAGCUGCACAAGGAGAGGCAAGACACUCAACCAGCACAGCUGCCGAUGUGAGACCCAAAGUGAAUAGUGACAAACCUCCCUCAUAAUCCACCUAUCAAACUUUGCACAGCUUUGAGGAGGUCAAAUGUUUGCUUAUUCUUUUAUCACAGAGUCUGGUGUUGGCAUCUUACCCAGAUAAUGGGUUUGUGUUCGAGAAUAAACAACCAAACACAACCCCCGGCCCCCCUGGCCCCACCCCACACACUAUUAUGGCAGCAUUAGAUGCGAAUACACAGUUCUGUUUGCACAGUAUAUCCAUACCUGCACAGAUGGGGAAGUGGUUCAGAAUAUCAUCACAUCAUUAUUAAGCUUCUGAAAGAGAAAUUGUGAAGCUUUAGAAGCUUCUUGCUGUCAUGAUCCACAACGGUCAAUGCAAGAGUGGUCUUUGCUAUUUUCUGAAGAAAACUUCAGCUCAACUUUUAGACUGUAUGAUGGACAUAAUUGCGGUCAAGUGCAUUGAGUCAAGUGCUAAGGCACAUAUUCAGCACACAGUGGGGAACUUUGGGGUACUAAACCCAUACAUCAGGAUGGACCGUCAUCUGUAAUGGGAAUUUGGGGAUUUUUGGGUCUUCUGGAGCAUAUCUUAAAACUGAGGUGUGGAUUUUUUUCCAAUUUUAAAGAGCUUUCUCCUAUCCCGACCAAAAAUUGCAGAGACAACUAUUAGUAAGCAAUUCGUAGGUUGAUUUCCCAAAAAACACAGCAACAUUGGCUCAACAUUGGCAUAAGUUAGGACGGGACCAUCUGUUUGUCCAACCAGGGCAAGUGGGGCAUAGUGCUUGGGAAACCUUUUGAAAAAACCCAUUAUUUUGCUAUUUUGUUUGGUGAUGCUAGAGAUGCAGAAGUCACACACUUCACCUUUAAAACAACAUGAAUGGAUCCAAGUGAAUCCACAAAGGCAAGGAAAAGAGAGAUAAGCACGGAUGAAGAGGAUGGUAUAACCAUAUUGAGGAGGACAAUGCUGAGAACUGGCAAAGGGAAAACAGAGACUAAGGAAGGAGUUUUUUUAACCAAACUACUUAAACACAUAACUGGAGAGUGUUUGUGAUGAUGAAUGUUGACCUUCAAUCUUGAGAGAACUCAAGUGUCUCGCUACACAAACACAGUAUCUCAUCUCCGAAACAUCCCUGAUGUCUCGUCUGACCCGUCGCAUGUAUUAACUGGACAGUCUGGCGAUUAGAAUGACUGACGGGUGUCUGUGUGGUCUCAGUAGCGCAUAAUAAGGAUCUGUGCAUUUAGCCUAAUUUAUUCCUGGCCUCUAAGUCCAUAAUGUGGCUUUGCAGACUGUAUCAAUGAGUCUUUUUGUGUUUGUUUGAUUUGCUUUUUGUUCGGCUCCUUUCUUUUGGGAAUUUAAAGCUUUUCCCACUGGUUAGCCAGUGACAGGAAUGUCAAUGUUAUAGAAACCUGGCGAUAAUCCAUUGGUGGUCACAAAACACACAUUUUCUCUCUCUCCCACACUCCCAACACAACAACCCCCCCCCCCCCCUUUUUUACUUUUUUUUUACUCUUUCUCACAACACAUACACUACAAACAAUCUCAUUCUUAAUAAGAAUCUUAUUCUUAAUACAUCUUCGUCUUGUUUUUCCUGUACAAAGAUGUAAACAUCUUUAAAACAAGGGAAUUUACCAAAUUAGCAAAACUAGCAUAAGAUAUUAUGGCUUGUUUGCAGAAAAUGUACCUUGAAUUUAAGCAUAUUUUGUAUUUUGUCAGACUAAAGUUUUUCACUUAAAUAAAAAUAUGCAAUAGUGCACACUUAUUUGCAAGAUACACUGUAAAAAAAAUCUGCGUACUAGAACUUAAAAGUACAUUUACUGGCUGGCUUCAUCGUGGUGUUAAAGUUACAAACUGCAGUGAUAAGUCCAUUGCUUAUUUUUAAACUGUGUGUGACUGGCAAAAUAUUUUGCAAAAUGAUAUGAAACAGGUCAUUACAUCACAAGUGCAAGUGCAAUGCUCUGUCAGUUGAGCUACUGCGCUCUUUGAGUAGUUGGUUCUGUAAUGCAAACGUUAUAAUGUAUCGCCUUACAAAUCAUGUGCUAUACUAAAAUUGUUUAGAUGUCAUAAGAUAGCGUCGUGUGAAGAACAGGGUGAGAAGUAAGUGCUAAUGAACUGAUAAUUUGCUGUUUUACUCAUGAAUUGUUUGAAAGUGAAUAAAAGUCAUUGUUGUAGCACCUCUAGUGGUCAUUUCACCAGAAAACUGCCGCGAAAUGAACAAUGAGGCACGUAUAAAUAAUUGGGAAAAAUUGUUGCCUUAAUAUCUUAUGCAGUUUUGCUAAUCAGGUGAAUUUAUCUUGUUUUAUGAAUGUUUAUAUAUAUUUUUACAGGAAAACAAGACAAAGAUACUCAUUAAGAAUUUUUUUUUUUUUUUUUUUUUUUUUUUUUGCAGUGCACACAUACACACAAAAAUGCAAGCAGAUAAAUAUAAGCUUUUCUGUGUUGAUAUUGAAAGAUGAAUUUAUUUGAUCUAUUUUAAUCAUGUUUUUGUAAAGAACACUAAUGUUAUUGUUGUCCAUUUUGUUUUAAAGAAUGCUUAAAGAAUGUUUCUUUGUGUAUCUCUGCUAAUCCAACCUAGAGAAUCAGGCUGGUGGCACAGUCUCGACUGUGUCUGUGUUGAAUUUGAGUAAAGAAACUGUGCAAGCACCCAGCAGGCUUUAGAAAAAAGUGUUUCAUCUUAAUAAUCUCACAGAAUUAGAAAUAUGAUGUAUUUAUUUUAUUAUUAUAUUGCAAUGUUUCUUUUGGAGAUUUUGUCAAACAUUUAUUUUGCUAUGAUUGUGAUAAUUUGGGAAUGCUCAGUGUUUUGGCUGGAGGAUAUCUUCAGAAUUGUACAGCUUGGAUGUAGCUGUCAGCCAAAGUUGAGGACCAUGAGUUUCGAUUGAUGUUGGAGGCUGCAAAAGUAAAGAAUUGGCUAUUUUUUAAUGAUGGCCAUUUAACCAGACAUUUCUUUCUACCAUAUAUGUAGCAUUAUUGAGUGAAAUAUGACUAUUUGUAGUAAAUACAUGCAAUAAUGUAAUUUAGUAAGAUCCCUAGGUCCCUUUCACCCUCCAACUCCCCGAAUAUGGGAUAUUCAUUUGGUAUCAUUCAGUUUUUCCAAACUACUGACCUGUGCAUGUCUCCAGAUGUGGUUUGAUAGAAUCCACAUGAAACAGCAUUUGCAACACAUUUUACAUCCGUAAUGUGGCAUUUCUGAGUGAACCAAACAAAAAAAUGUCGUGCAGUGAUUGUGAAAAGUCGGUGUUCCAUACCAGAAUGGAGACAGACUUGAAUGCAAGUUUGCUAAAGGAAUGGCUAAAUAAUUAUGUAAUAGCCCGUGUGGUCUAGGGGAUAUCAGUGGAAAAGGUAAGUCAUUUCAAAGGUGGAGCAAUUUAUUACAUUUUGAUCCAAAAAAUUACGAAGAUUUUUUUAAAUUUUCUUUCUUUAAAAUGAUGUGCACUGAUGAAUCAUGCACUAUAAGACCUGGAACAUGUAUAAGGGGGCCGUUCACUCAGAAUGUGCACUUGCGUUCAUCAGCGCUGUUUAAUUGUUUGUCUAUGUAAAACAUGCACUAGACAGACAUGUUUGAUCAUUUCAAUAUGUUUUGCUGCAUUUUUAAGAUGUCAAGUUAAAAACAGUUCAACUUUUAAAACAACAUAAUCUCACGGGAAAUCGACAUGUAGCUUCCGAAAGUUCAUGCACCCUGAAAUAGUGUUUUGUGCAAGUAACCUCCGAGACAUGGUUUCCAGUCCCAUGGGAACCAGGAAGUAAUCGCGUUUACAUAAACAUUGGUGAGUGGGAUUUGAGCCCAUUGUACAAAGGUGCCGCAGUUUGUUCCUGGGAGGCAGUAGAUGUCCUAACCCCACCCCUGCCCUAAUCUUAACCAUAUGGAGCCUGUAAGGCUGAGUAGCCUGCCAGGAACAACGCAUGGCACCUUUCAUCUAUCACAGCAAUUCGACGGUUGCAUUUUUGCACAAAAACAUAAAAUGUCCUCUAUGAUGGUUACAUUUAUGGUUGGGAUCUGGGUUAGGGAGUAGAGUUAAUAAAAUAUUUAUUUCUGUUGACUGUAUAUUAUUACACUGCCUGGCCAAAAAAUAAAAGUCACCGUUUGGAUUUAAAUAAUGGUUAUGAUCUGAGGUUGCUUCAGUUGGUCAGGUCUAGGCUCAGCAACAUUAUGUGGCAAUGUGCUGGAGAAAAAUUUUACGGAGUGGUUCGAUUCUCCUGUUGUCAAUACCGCCUUUAGCUUUGAUUACAGCGUACCUUCGUCGUGGCAUUGUUUCGACAAUCUUUUGCAACAUCACAACAUUUAUUUCCAUCCAGAGUUGCAUUAAUUUUUGGCUGAGAUCUUAUAUUGAUGACGGGAGAGACGAACUACUCUGUAAAGUCUUCUCCAGCACAUCCCAAAGACUUUCAAUGGGGUUUAGGUCAGGACUCUGUGGUAGCCAAUUCAUGUGUGAAAAUGAUUCCUCAUGCUCCCUGAACCACUCUUUCACAAUCUGAGCCAGAUGAAUCUUGGCAUUGUCGUUCUGGAAUAUGCCCAUGCUGUCUGGGAAGAAAAAAUACAUUGAUAGGAUAGCCAGGUCAUUCAGUACAUUCAGGUUGUCAGCUGACUUCAUUUUAUUGCCGCAUAACAUUGCUGAGCCUAGACCUGACCAACUGAAGCAACCCCAGAUCAUAACACUGCCUCCAGAGGCUUGUACAGUGGGCACUAUGCAUGACGAGUUCAUCGCUUCAUGCGCUUCCCUUCUUACCCUGAUGCACCCAUCGCUUUGGAAUAUGGGUAAAUCUGGACACAUCAGACCACAUGACCUUUUUCCAUUGCUCCACAGUCCAAUCGUUAUGCUCCCUAGCAAAUUGAAGCCAUUUUUUCUGAUUAGCCUCACUAACAAGUGGCUUUCUUGUGGCCACACAGCUGUUUAGUCCCAAUCCUGUAAAUUCUUGUCACAUUGUGCGUGUGGAAAUCCUCUUACUUUCACUAUUAAACAUAGCCGUGAGUUCUACUGUUGAUUUUUUACAAUAUGACCUAAACAAGCAUUUUAGUGAUCUAAGAUAACGAUCAUUCAAGAUUUCUUUCCGACUACAUUUCUUCCGCAAAGCUGACGGUUCACCACUACCAUUCCUGGUUUUAUUAAUGCGUUGGACAGUUCUUAACCCAAUUCCAGUGACUUCAGCAAUCUCCUUAGUUGUUUUCUUUUCUGGAUUCAGGCCAAUAAUUUGCCCUUUCUGAAACACAAUAACAUCUUUUCCAUGACCACGGGAUACACCUUCCAACAUGGUUGUUUAAGAAAUGAGAAGCUACACACUGCAUCAGUUAGGAUUAAAAGAAUAGUUGCCAGCUGAAUCAUAUUAAUCACUGCAAUAAUGAUCCAAUCAUAGACUCUUAAGUAUCUGCUUAUUAAAUCCAAAUGGCAAUUUUAUUUAUUUUUUGGCCAGGGAGUGUAUUUACAACUAAAAAUGCAACUCUCUUUUGGCACCACCCUGUGGACAUUUCACUUCCACAACACUUCAAGUUUCGCACACUGGGGGCAGUGGUUAAAAUUUUAGUAAGCUCAGAUCGAUUUCACCAGCAGAACUUUCGACCGCUUUUAGCCAAAUUCACAGUGUGAUAAAGUUUGUUUUAAAACAUAUCUCCAGAUAUCUGCAUUGUGUUACAAUUGGUCGCGCUCCAUAUACCCUUUUUUAAGCGCAAGAAUGUGUCCUUUGUGAAUGACCCCCAAGACAGUAAAUAAGACAUAUUUUGAUUUCAUGCUGGCUUUUAUGUAUUUUGACUCUGUUGACUGGUCAAUAUUCUGUUGAUAAUGACAGGCUUUCCAUCUAAUGGCACUGUAAAAUGUUCUGUGUGAAAUAUCUUGUGCUGUAAAUGUAGCAUUCUCUCUUUCUCAGUAACAGUAACAUGUAUCAACUACCUCUGUGUCUGUACAGUUAAUGUAACAAAAAUAUCACUGCAAGAAUAUACAGUAAAACUGUGACAAUAUAUAAAACAAAUGCAUACAAUAUGAAUGUAUCGACGACAUCAGUGAUUUCAUUCUCUUCUUUGUAAAGAUCAGUCCUGAAUCCUGUCGCUUUGUUUGGCAAAUUUGUGCAUUGAAACGUAUCUAUCAUAUACUGUAUAUCUAUAUAGGACAGGAACCAACAGAACCCAGUCUAUUCUGUACUACCAUCUAUAUGCGAUAUAAGCUUUGAGUGUUUGAACAUAAUUAAUAAUGUUAUUGCUGCUAUACCAUCUGUGCCCGAAUCUCCUGUAUGUGGAAGUAUAUAAAAUAUUUGUCACAGGGAGACAUAACCUACUCUGCUUUAUGUCUACAGUAUGUAUAAAUAGCAAACAUAAGUCUGAUCACACACAUAUAGUAUUCAAUAUGACCACAACAGACAUAAAGCAAUGUGCUAUAUAUUAAUAUAAAUAAAGUGAAAUGUCUUAUUUUUGAGAAAGAUUUGUGAUGAUUUGGUAAUUCUGAUAACAU